CCGGACUUCGCGGCGUCUCGGCAGCUCAUUGCAGGUUCCACGAUUGUUCGACGUUCUUUUGGUAGGCUGUCCGGCGUGACGUGCGUACGUGCGCCUCGGCCAUCGCUCCUUGCGGCUGCUCGUCACACCCGCUACCUGGUUGAUCCUGCCAGUAGUCAUAUGCUUGUCUCAAAGACUAAGCCAUGCACGUCUGAGUAAUAUCUGGAGAAGUGGGAGCUUCACGCCACCCGGAGUCAGUGGUCGGAGGAAGAGAUUAUAGAGAACUUCCUAUUUAAUGUGGACCAAAGUCUCAGUAGGGAAGUUAAGGAAGCUCGACCGAAGGAUGGGAAAUGGACUACGUACAAGAAGAGCCUCGUUGAGCUUUACAAAUUGGAGGAUAACAAGUAUUUCAUCAAGGACCUUGAAACAAUGACUCAAGAUGAAGAUGAGAGCAUACGGGCAUUUGGGAUGCGUUUCCARAAGAUCUCCGACGUGCUGAUGAAGAAGGGGAAGAUCUCAGAGGUCGAGCGCUGUACUAUCUUCAUCGGACACUUGUCCAAAGGUAGACAAAAGAGUAUACUUAGAAAUCUUCCGCGCGACAGGCUUGAUUUCCCAGAAGUUCUAAAGCUCUCGAUAAAGGCAGAGGCAGAUGAUUACAAGGACUUGGUGUGGAGAGGGAUGAGGAGACGUGACUUCUCUCUCUACAAGGAGUAUGCCACUGAUAGAUGUCCUGAUUUCAAGGACUAUCCCUCGUCGGAGAAGAAUGAGGCCGUGGCUGAGGAAGUGAAGGAGAUACGGGACAUGGUGAAGGGAUUGACGAGAUAAGUUACAGAGAUUGUGACCACUACAGGAGCCACGGCCUACCGGGACAAACAUGGAGGGCCCUAUUCACUUC